AUGGCGACCGGUGAGAGGCGAUCAAAUCUCAGGUUGCUCAGGACGUCAUUGAUUCUGAACCAAGGCGACACACGCACGACUUGCCAUGGAGACUGUCUCAGACUGUGUACUUACAACGCGAGAACAGCUUCCACAGACGCUGACCUGCAUGACCUUCUCGGAGCUGCGGAGCGUAUCAAAUUUCACGUGAUUGCUCUGCAGGAGACCAAGUGCAGAAGGAGCGACGUACGACAGAUGAAUGACGGUACACUCGUCAUUCGUGGAGAAGAGGUUCCGUCGCGAAAUGUGGGCGGUGUUGGUUUUGUUGUGCACCCAUCUGUCGUCCAUCUCGUCGAUUCUCACGAGAUCCUGUCACCUCGUCUGGCCAUUCUUCACCUCCGCCCUCUGCGCCAAAAAUCCAUCAGUAUCAUCAACUGCUAUUCACCAACAUCAGCAGCUGAUGAUUCCGAAUUGGACGCGUUUUACGAGGAGCUGGAGGAAGUAGUCCACAACGAGAAGUCCUUCUACGAAUUCGUUGUCGGGGACUCCAACGCAAAACUAGGAAAGGCCACAGAAGAGGAAUACAGGAUUGGAAUAUUUGGACUAGGGGACUGGAAUGAAAAUGGCAAUCGUCUCGCCGGGCUGUUGUCCGCCGCUCGCCUCUUUCAUGGGAACUCUCUUUUCAUGAAAAAAAUCAUCGUCGGUGGACAUGGGAAUCGCCCAAUGGCGCGACUCGUGCGGAGAUCGACCACAUACUCACCAACCGGAGGUGGUGUCUACUUGACGUCUCAGUCCCAAGGUGACUAG